AUGCUUCUCUAUGGACGCGACGUGAGCGAGGUCCUCUCACCUGACGAAGUUCCAGACCAGGUGCAAGGUAACCAGACGGGUAUCUACGUCAGCGUCGUUCUUGCAACCUUGGUAAGCUACGAUGCUAUCUGCACGUUCGACAAAGAGGUCAGAUACUUCUGGAACGGAUGCACUCUUGGCAUGACGAAGACCGUAUUCUUCCUAGUGUGCGCCUCCACCUCAAACUCCCCUGAGAAGUCAUCUCAUCACGCUCUUCUUAUAGGCAAUGUCUCGCAAUGGGGCAAAGACUUUUCCUACUGGGUCACAAUUAUUGCCAUCGAUUACAUUCUUAUGAUCAGGGUGCUAGCUCUGUACCACAAUGGUCUGUCCCCUUUGAUGUUUCUGCGCAAUUUUCCUAAAUUCGGGCUUUUGGGUCUCACUCCAAGCAUCACGUCGUGCAGUUACUUUGCUCCUGGAAACGAAGACACAUAUAUUCUUGACUGGACCAUCCCGCUUGCGUACGAAGCUCUCCUCUUGGCUCUUGCUCUUUACAAGGCCACGAAGUUCUGGAAAUCGAAUGGUUUGCAUGGAUCGCGACUCGUAUGGGUGCUUAUCAAGGACCAAGCUGUCUAUUUCGCACUAGCGAUAUCCUGUUCGGUCUUAUACAUCGUUGACGAUAUCGUUCUUAUGUCACCGACGCUAACCUCAGUUAUUCAAGCUAUGGGCAGUCCCACACUUCUCUGUAUUCUCGGGAGCAGGAUGUUCUUCAACCUGAAGGAGGCAGCGGGGCACGGGAUCAAUGUCGGCACAAACUGGUCCUCUUACUCGCACGGCACAGACGACGUGUUUCACUUUGAGUCAGUGUUUGACGACCCUCAAAUUGGAGAAGGAGCACUAGCACCUUCUGUGUUCACAAUUCAGGGGACAGGGACAUCGAGUCUCAAGCCAAUGCCGGAAUGA